CUUCCAUUUUCCUCCGCCUCUGGUUGUCAAGAAGAUGGCAGCUUCCAGGCAGGCAUGAGAGGAAAUACUUCUUCACAAAUCGAAUGAAUUUGGAUUAUUGCCUCAAGAUAAGAGCACAUACUAGUGUUUUUGCAUAUACUGCAUCAGAUUAAAAGUCAUGUCUGCCCCUGGUUCCACGGUGUCUGGGACCACUCCGUCGGUUCUGCAGCCGCGAUGGAAGCGGGUCCUCGGAUGGUCCGGUCCAGUCCCUCGGCCCAGGCACGGACACAGAGCUGUGGCUAUAAAGGAACUGAUGGUUGUUUUUGGAGGUGGAAACGAAGGAAUUGUUGAUGAAUUACAUGUAUACAACACAGCGACAAACCAGUGGUUUAUCCCAGCAGUCCGUGGUGAUAUCCCUCCAGGUUGUGCUGCAUAUGGUUUUGUAUGUGAUGGAACACGGUUGCUGGUUUUUGGUGGGAUGGUGGAAUAUGGGAAAUACAGCAAUGAUCUCUAUGAACUACAGGCCAGCAGAUGGGAAUGGAAAAAACUGAAAGCCAAAAAUCCAAAAAACGGCCCGCCACCUUGUCCUCGACUCGGUCACAGCUUUUCACUCGUUGGCAACAAAUGCUACUUGUUUGGUGGACUGGCCAAUGACAGUGAAGACCCCAAAAACAACAUUCCCCGAUACCUAAAUGAUUUGUACACACUCGAGCUUCGUCCUGGUUCUAGCGUGGUCGGGUGGGAUAUUCCAAUCACGUAUGGCGUCCUGCCUCCUCCUCGUGAGAGUCACACCGCUGUGGUGUACACAGAAAAAACAACCAGGAAGUCACGCUUGAUAAUCUAUGGAGGAAUGAGCGGUUGUCGUCUUGGAGAUCUGUGGACGCUUGACAUAGAUACCCUGACUUGGAACAAACCUUCAGUAGGUGGUACGGCACCUCUUCCACGAAGUCUUCACUCUGCCACCACAAUCACAAACAAGAUGUAUGUUUUUGGCGGAUGGGUUCCUUUGGUAAUGGAUGACGUCAAAGUGGCCACACACGAGAAAGAAUGGAAAUGCACAAACACACUCGCUUGCCUAAAUCUCGACUCAAUGUGUUGGGAAACAGUGUUGAUGGAUACCCUGGAGGAUAACAUCCCCAGGGCCCGUGCCGGCCACUGUGCCGUGGCCAUCAAUUCCAGACUGUAUGUCUGGAGCGGCCGUGACGGUUACCGGAAAGCGUGGAACAACCAAGUUUGCUGUAAAGACCUUUGGUACUUGGAAACAGAGCGGCCCCACGCUCCCGCCAGGGUCCAGUUAGUCCGUGCCAACACAAACUCUCUGGAGGUGAGCUGGGGUGCAGUCUCUACCGCCGACACGUACCUGCUGCAGCUGCAGAAGUAUGACAUCCCCGCGACCCCGGCAGCAGCCUCGCCAGCCACGAGCGCAACGCCUUCGCAACCCAUCAACUCUCCAAAGAGCCCUGCACCAGCUGCAGCAGCACCCUCUGCGCACAGUUUACAACAGACAGGUGACCAUCGCUCAGCUUGCAAUGUAAAGAAGUUCUGCUGGGUAACAAAAAUGAAGUCUCAACUCCAUGCCUUCUGUUGGUUCACAGCUGUUUUAAAGGUUGCAGCUCAGCAGGCUGCCACAGGCGCAUCUGUUGUCACAGUUCGCCCGAGCCAGCCGGGGAAAUCCCCCGUCACCGUGACGUCCCUUCCUCCAGGUGUUCGAAUGGUAGUGCCUACCCAAACCACCCAAGGAUCGCCAAUUGGAAGCAGUCCUCAGAUGAGUGGCAUGGCAGCUUUAGCUGCUGCAGCUGCAGCCACACAGAAGAUCCCACCCGCUUCUGGAGGCACUCUUCUCAAUGUUCCCGCCGGUGCCACCAUCCUCAAAACAGUGGCUGUCUCCCCAGGCACCACCACAGUGAAAGUGGCUUCUCCUGUAAUGGUCAGUAACCCAGCCACCCGCAUGCUGAAGACGGCCGCGGCCCAGGUGGGCACGGCAACCGCAUCCUCUCCCACCACCACCAGACCGAUCAUCACUGUGCACAAGUCCGGGGCUGUCACAGUGGCUCAGCAGGCCCAGGUGGUCACCACUGUGGUGGGAGGUGUCACCAAGACCAUCACCCUGGUCAAGAGUCCGCUCACCAUGGGCAGCAGCGGUACUUUGAUCUCCAACCUUGGCAAGAUGAUGUCUGUGGUGCAAACCAAGCCAGUGCAGACAUCAGCUGUCACAGGCCAGGCUUCCACUAACCCUCUCACACAGAUCAUACAGACAAAGGGUCCCCUCCCAGCUGGCACCAUCCUGAAACUGGUGACUUCUGCAGAUGGCAAACCCACAACAAUCAUCACAACGUCCCAGGCCGGAGGCACGGGAAACAAGCCCACAAUCCUCAACAUAAGUGGCGUCUCACCUACUACUACCAAGCAGGGUACCACCAUCAUUAAGACCAUCCCUAUGUCGGCCAUUAUGACCCAGCCUGGAGCCACAGGCGUGACGAGCAGUGCAGGCAUGAAAACACCAAUAACGAUCCUUACCACCAAGGUAAUGACCACUGGAACGCCUGGUAAAAUUAUUACUGCUGUGCCCAAACUGUCCACUGCAGCUGGACAACAGGGAUUGACGCAGGUGGUAUUAAAAGGCGCUCCAGGACAGCCGGGCACCAUUUUGCGUACCUUGCCCAUGAGCACAGUAGGCGGUGUUCGUCUCGUUACACCAGUGACGGUCUCCUCUGUUAAGCCCACUGUUACCACGCUGGUUGUCAAGGGAACUACUGGAGUCACCACUCUAGGCACCGUCACUGGGACGGUGUCCACAAGCUUGGCAGGAGCCACGGCCGACAGCUCCAGUGCCUCCCUGGUGACGCCAAUCACCACACUGGCGAACAUCGCUACACUGUCCAGCCAGGUGAUCAACCCAGCCGCCAUCACGGUCUCGGCUGCUCAGACCAGUCUGACUUCUACUUCGACUCUGCCCUCCUCUACAAUGACGGUGCAGAACCAGCCCACCCAGGUUACCCUGAUCACAACCCCCAGCGGUGUUGAAGCUCAGCCAGUCCAGGAUCUUCCUGUGUCCAUUCUGGCUUCUCCGACCUCUGAACAGCCCAGCUCCACUGAGGCCGGAGCAACUGGAGACGGUUCUGGUACCGUCACCCUGGUCUGCUCUAACCCGCCCUGCGAGACCCACGAUACAGGAACUACCAACACCGCCACCACUUCCUCCGCUACAAUCGGUGCCGGACAGGUCUGCUCAAAUCCGCCCUGCGAGACGCAUGAAACAGGAACCACCAACACGGCCACCACCUCCUCCGCUACAAUCGGAGCCGGACAGGUCUGCUCCAACCCGCCCUGCGAGACGCACGAAACAGGAACCACCAACACGGCCACCACCUCCUCCGCUACAAUCGGAGCCGGACAAGUCUGCUCCAACCCGCCCUGCGAGACCCACGAGACGGGAACCACCAACACGGCCACCACGGCAUCUUCAAACAUGUCCACAUUACGCGUGUGCUCCAACCCGCCCUGCGAGACCCACGAAACGGGGACGACAAACACGGCCACCACGGCAACCUCCAACAUGGGAGGGACCCAGCAGGUGUGUUCAAAUCCCCCCUGCGAGACCCAUGUGACGGGCACCACCAACACAGCAACGCAAGCUUCCUCCAGCAUGAAUGCCGGCGAGACGGGCACCGUGCAGAGCGCCCACUCAAAUCCACCCAGCGAAACCCACGAAUCGGGGACCAGCGACACUCCGUCCGCAUCCACCUCCAGCGUAGGGGAGGACCAGAGCAGCACAGCAACGGGCCAGGUCCAGAGGGUCUGCUCCAACCCACCGUAUGAAACGCACGAGACUGGGACCACCAACACCGCCACCACUGCUACCUGCAGCAUGGAGACCGGUGAAGGCACAGCCACCCAGCAGUCAGAGGAAGGAGCAGAAGGAACAAGCACCACAGAGGAAGCUGCUACCACUGCAGCUACUAGCGUAGCUACAACCACCCAAGGCAGAGCCAUCACCACGGUCACUCAGUCCACACCGGCCCCUGGGCCCUCAGUACCGUCGAUUUCCUCAAUCACAGAAGGAGUAAGCACCGCAGCCAGCAGCACGGAGGAGCCGAUGCAGACUGAAGAACCUGCACCAGCAGAAGCUGCACCUGCAGAAGAGCCUGCUGCAGCCAUGGAGACACAAGCAGAAGGAGAAGCAGCAGCUGCAACGGCCUUGAACCUGCCCUCGGAGCUGAUGUCUGAGGCCCAGGGGACCACGCUGAUGGUGACUGGGCUGUCGGACGAAGAGCUGGCCGUAACCGCCGCCGCUGAGGCUGCUGCCCAGGCUGCAGCCACAGAGGAGGCCCAGGCUCUCGCCAUCCAGGCCGUCCUGCAGGCAGCGCAGCAAGCUGUAAUGAAUGAAGGUGACGGUUCUGGGGAAAGCCAGCAGCCCACCAACAUCCCCAUCAUGCUGACCCAGCAGGAGCUGGCCGCACUGGUUCAGCAGCAGCAGCAGCUACAGGAAGCUCAGGCCGCCGCGCAGCAGGCCUCCGUGGACACCAGCAUGCCUACCGAGGGCCUCGCCCCCGCCGACAGCCUCAACGACCCGUCAGUCGAAAGCAACGGACACAACGAAAUGGCUGCCUCGGUCACCAGCGCCGUGGCGUCUCUUCUACCACGCACCACUACUGAGACUCUGGCUCCAUCAAGUACGUUUGCGCCGUCUAUAUCAGUAGCAAGUCCGGCCAAGCUGCAGGCGGCAGCCACUCUCGCAGAGGUGGCCAACGGCAUCGAGGGAGAGAAACAAGCCCCUCAGCCAGCUCCAGUGAAGCCUGUUGUUAAAAAGGAGAACCAGUGGUUUGACGUCGGGAUCGUAAAAGUGACAAAUAUGGUCGUCACUCACUUCUAUGUGCCAGGAGACGAUUCUCAAGGAGAUGACGACUCCGGCGCCGUACCGGACUACGGUCAGAUGAAGAAGAUGGAGCUGCAGCCCGGCACGGCGUACAAGUUCCGUGUGGCGGGGAUCAACGCCUGCGGGCGUGGAACGUUCUCUGAGAUUUCUGCUUUCAAGACCUGCCUACCCGGAUUCCCAGGAGCCCCAUGUGCCAUCAAAAUCAGCAAGAGCCCAGAUGGCGCCCACCUGACCUGGGAGCCGCCUUCGGUCACGUCAGGGAAAAUCAUCGAGUACUCGGUGUACCUGGCCAUCCAGAGCAGCCAGACGGCCGAGGCCAAGGCCUCCACCCCGGCCCAGCUAGCCUUCAUGCGAGUGUACUGCGGACCCAACCCCUCGUGCUUGGUGCAGUCGUCCAGCCUCUCAAACGCUCACAUCGACUACACGACUAAACCAGCCAUCAUCUUCCGCAUCGCCGCCCGCAACGAGAAGGGUUACGGUCCCGCCACUCAAGUUCGAUGGCUACAGGAAUCUGGUAAAGACGCCACCUCUGCAAAACCUGCCCCCAAAAGACCCGGCACCUCUCCCGAUACCAAGACUACUGGUCCAAAGAAAGCAAGGACGGACCAGUGAGGUUGCCUGGAGUCCCCUCCCAGUCUUUUUUUUUUUUUUUUUUUCCACUGUCAUUUUUAUCAGGAAGACUGACCUUCACUCAUCCUCUUCCUUCUCAUCUCCUCCACCCCCGUCUCAGAUCAAAAUGGUGGCAGAAGCCCAGAUAAAAGUCAAUCUGAGACACCUUUCUGUAGAUAAACCCCCUCCCUCCUCCUCCUCCUCCUUGUUCAGUUGGUCGUAAUAUUUUUAGAGUAACUCAAACCUAGAAGCACAUUCUCUUUUUUCAGCUACAUCCCCUUCCUUCGUUUUAACAUCUAUUUUUGCUUUUUUUUUUUUUUUUUUUCUCUCUCCAAGUAGUUGAACAUUAUAGAAACAUUUACACCUUUUCACAAACUGGGAGCCAGGCUGUGCGCUAUGUUACCUAAUUUUUUUUUUUUUUUCUUUUCUGUGUUUUGUGAAUUCUGGGGGGGAGGUGUAGAAAGAGACUACAUAAAAUGUUGUACAGUGUUUGGAAAGAAAAAUGGCUGUGGAGGCAUUUAGUUUAGAUGAAAGGAAAAAAUCGGUAUGGAAACAAAUAAAGCACUUGUCCUCCACAAACGAGGACAUCUUUUUCUUUUUCUUUUUUUGGCUCCAAAACAAUUUGCUUCAUAGAGAACCAAGUCUGUACAGUCAUCGUACUGGACUCCAGUCUCCUGGUAAAUAUCAUCACUGUGCGCUUUUUAUCCCCCCCCCCCACCCAAUCCCACCCCGAGAUACGAGGAGUGGUGACCGGCACGUUGGACGAAGGAAAAAGGAGAAAAAAAAAAAAAAAACAGCAAAGGAAGAAAUUUGUAGAAAGAAUGACGGACUUUGCUAGGACAGACUGGCAGCACACACACCACGUUUCAAGAAAAACUUCCAAAAAAAACAAAAACAGAAAAAAAAAAAA